CGGUGCCCGGCUGCUCUGCACGGCUGCGCAAGAGACGUGGUGGUCGUUGAAACUUUUUUCAAACGUGCCUACUACUCGCUGCAGUCCAGCUGGCAUCUGUGCUGCUCGUGCGGUGCGUGACUGCAGGCUAGGCUGCAAGGCUGCCAGCGCAACACGAGCGCGCACCAGCGACAAAAAUGGCGGGCCGACUGGCGAGAGUCCGUUCCAAGGCCGACAGCGCGCUCGACGGCCACCGCUACGAAAGCACGGACUCGAGCGACGACGAGGCGAUGCGCGCCGUGCCGGCAGGCUGCCUCGGCCGCACGGGCGUGCGUCUCGUCGCGGAGGCGCGCGCCGGCGAGGACGAGCGCGGGCGCACCGGCGAGAAGGGCUACUCGGUCGUCGACACGAAUCAAUUCAGGAAUACGCAGGUCGGCUCCGGCUACCAGGCGUCCUUCGUGGUAAGGCAGCCCGGCGCGGCGCCCGCGGCGCCGCCGAAGCGCGCGGCGCCGGACGCCCGGGACGCCAAGAAGCGCAAAAAACCGAAGGAUAAGAAGUCCAAAAAGAAGCACAAGAAGAAGAAGGCGCGUCGGCCGCGUCCUACGCCAUCGACGCGCCACUUACCCGUCGCUGCCCACGCAGGACAAAAAGAAAAAGAAGCGGAAGGCCUCAUCCUCCUCAUCUUCAGACGACGACAGCGCCGACGACGCCGCCGCCGCCGUGGAGCCCGCGUACGACGACGGCGUCGGCGGCGCGGACGUGCUCCCGCGGCGCCUGGCCCACUUCGAGGCGCUCCUGACCGACGCCCUCGAGCGACGGCCCGCCAAAAAGAAGCGAGGUAAUAUGUUGUGAUGAUGGU